AUGACUUUCGCCAAGCAAAAUAGAAAGAGGAUAGAUAAGAAGUGUGAUCUUCCUGCUGGAUCUUAUGGACAUCAUAGCAAGGGAUAUGAAGAAGUUCAUGUGCCAGCAUUGAAGCCAAGAGUAGUUGAAGGCGAGAAGUUCGUAAGGAUCUCCGAAAUGCCAGAAUGGGCACAACCUGCUUUCAAAGGAAUGACCCAGUUGAACAGGGUGCAGAGUAAAGUCUACGAAACUGCUCUUUUUAAAGCUGAUAACAUUCUCCUUUGUGCACCCACUGGGGCAGGGAAAACUAAUGUUGCAGUGCUUACCAUACUUCAACAGAUUGCCAUGCAUAGAAAUCCGGAUGGUUCAUUUAACCACGGUGCUUAUAAGAUCGUCUAUGUGGCACCUAUGAAAGCUCUUGUUGCUGAAGUUGUUGGCAAUUUGUCAAAUCGAUUGCAAGAUUACGGGGUAACUGUGAGGGAGCUAAGUGGAGACCAGUCAUUGACCCGGCAGCAAAUUGAAGAAACUCAGAUCAUUGUUACAACCCCUGAGAAGUGGGAUAUAAUUACUAGGAAGUCUGGGGAUCGCACGUACACUCAGCUUGUGAAACUUCUUAUUAUUGAUGAGAUUCAUUUUUUGCAUGAUAAUAGAGGUCCCGUGCUUGAAAGUAUAGUUGCCAGAACUGUUAGGCAAAUUGAAACCACAAAAGAGCUUAUUAGGUUGGUUGGAUUGUCAGCAACCCUUCCCAACUAUGAGGAUGUGGCAUUGUUUUUGCGGGUUGAUCUGGAAAAAGGCUUAUUUCAUUUUGACAAUUCCUACAGGCCUGUGCCUCUUUCUCAGCAGUAUAUUGGAAUCACAAUAAAGAAGGCACUGCAGAGGUUGCAGUUAAUGAAUGAUGUCUGUUACGAGAAGGUAGUGGCUGUGGCAGGAAAGCAUCAGGUCCUUAUAUUUGUCCACUCAAGGAAGGAAACGGCCAAAACAGCUUGUGCAAUUCGAGAUACUGCCCUUGCUAACGAUACUGUUGGUCGAUUCCUGAAGGAGGACAGUGCAAGUCGUGAGAUUCUUCAAAGUGAUACAGAUAUGGUCAAGAGCAAUGAUCUUAAGAAUCUCUUACCCUAUGGUUUUGCAAUUCAUCAUGCUGGGUUGACAAGGGGUGAUCGACUGCUUGUGGAGUAUCUUUUUGCUGCUGGACAUGUACAGGUGUUGGUUUCCACGGCAACUCUUGCAUGGGGCGUAAACUUGCCUGCGCACACUGUGAUUAUCAAAGGUACCCAGAUUUACAAUCCAGAAAAGGGGGCAUGGACUGAGCUAAGUCCUCUGGAUGUUAUGCAGAUGCUGGGUCGUGCUGGAAGGCCUCAGUUUGAUUCCCAUGGUGAGGGGAUAAUCAUAACUGGCCACAGCGAACUCCAGUACUAUCUUUCUUUGAUGAAUCAACAACUUCCCAUUGAAAGUCAGUUUGUUUCCAAGCUGGCUGAUCAAUUGAAUGCUGAAAUUGUUCUCGGAACUGUACAAAAUGCCAAAGAAGCCUGCAAUUGGAUUGGGUAUACAUAUUUAUACAUCCGUAUGCUGCGAAAUCCCACACUUUAUGGUUUAACACCUGAUGUUCUCACAAGAGAUAUAACUUUGGAGGAGAGGAGGGCUGAUCUGAUUCAUUCUGCUGCAACCAUCUUGGACCGAAACAAUUUGGUUAAAUAUGACAGAAAAGGUGGAUAUUUCCAGGUCACAGACUUGGGUCGAAUUGCUAGUUACUACUACAUAUCCCAUGGAACAAUAUCCACAUAUAACGAGCAUUUGAAACCAACAAUGGGGGACAUAGAGCUGUGUCGGUUGUUCUCGCUCAGUGAAGAAUUCAAAUAUGUUACCGUGAGAGAGGAUGAGAAAGUGGAACUGGUAAAACUUUUGGACCAUGUUCCCAUUCCUAUCAAGGAAAGCGUGGAAGAGCCUAGUGCCAAGAUUAAUGUUCUGCUCCAGGCAUAUAUUUCCCAAUUAAAGCUGGAAGGACUUUCAUUGACAUCAGACAUGGUGUUCAUUACUCAGAGUGCGGGUCGGCUUAUGCGAGCGCUUUUCGAGAUUGUCUUGAAACGAGGAUGGGCACAACUAGCGGGGAAGGCCUUGAACUUGUGCAAAAUGGUCAGCAAAAGGAUGUGGAGUGUCCAAACACCUCUUCGCCAAUUCAAUGGGAUUCCAAAUGAAAUUCUUAUGAAGAUAGAGAAGAAAAGUCUGGCUUGGGAAAGGUAUUAUGAUCUUUCAUCACAGGAGAUUGGUGAGUUGAUUCGUUACCCCAAGAUGGGCAGAACACUCCACAGGUUCAUCCAUCAAUUCCCGAAAUUAAAUCUUACGGCGUAGUUCAGCCAAUUACUCGUAGUGUUUUGAGGGUUGA